AAUAUAGUUUACAUCCAUUUACAUCAUUACAUGUGAAGUAGUGUACCGUGGUGUGCCGCUGAUUGUGUUCUUUGUAUCACGAAUUAUAAGCUGAUUUUUCGGAGAUAACUCAUAUUCUCAAUGAUUUGAUUCAAAAAGGAGACAACUGCUGUUCUGAGGAAAAUGGCUUCAAACGAAGGUAUACCACCACCUGCUGCAGUACCUGGGUUUUCACCAGCGACUCCAAAUAUUGCUUCUAGUUUUGUACCACCUAUUAUGCCAACUGCACCUUUUAUACCUCCUCCCAGCCUGCCACCUGGUCCACCAGGUAUAAUGCCACCACAGUUUUCCAUACCACCUCCUGGUUUUAGUUUUCCAAUUAAUGCUGCUCCUCCGCCAGAUGCUGGAGUUAUAGCCGCGCCUCCUCAAAUAACAGCACCAGGUAUUCCUCCUCCAGCACCUAUAGGAGACACAUCUGGCAUUCAGCCUAUUUCAACUUCAGAAAAGAAAUCUGAUUGGACUGAGCACAAAGCUCCAGAUGGCAGAACAUAUUAUUAUAACAGUGCUACAAAGCAAUCUUUGUGGGAAAAACCGGAUGAGCUAAAAACACCUAGCGAAUUGCUUUUAUCACAGUGCCCUUGGAAAGAGUAUAAAUCAGAGAAUGGGAAAGUAUAUUAUCACAAUGUAACGACGAAGGAAUCAAGAUGGACAAUUCCUACAGAAUUAGAAGAACUGAAAGCAAGAAUUGCAGCCGAAGAAGCUGCAGCUGCUGCUGCAGCAGUUGUCGCAAGCGCUACAAACACUAUAGUUCCUGUAGUCAUGCAACAUUUAUCACCAAACAUUGCAGUUACAAAUACAUCUCAAACUAGUACACCGGAACCAGGUGGAAAGUCUGCAAUUGAGCAAGCUAUGGCUGCAACGCUUGCAGCAAUAAAUAUUCCUACACCACCCGCAAAACCAGACGAGGACAGUAAUUCUGCUAAAGGAUCAGCAAACGAUAGCCGCACCAGUACCCCUGAACCAAAAAUGCAAUUUAAAGAUAAAAAAGAAGCAAUUGAAGCAUUUAAAGAAUUAUUGAGAGAAAGAGAUGUACCAUCGAAUGCUACAUGGGAACAGGCAGUGAAAUUAAUUCAAAGCGAUCCUAGAUACCCGCAAAUGAAGAAAUUGAACGAACGUAAGCAAGCGUUUAAUGCGUACAAAACACAAAAGCUUAAAGAGGAACGCGAACAAGAACGAUUGAGAUUAAAAAAAGCUAAAGAAGAUUUGGAGCAGUUUUUGUUAGAAAAUGAUAGAAUGACAAGUACAACAAAAUAUUACAAAUGCGAAGAAAUGUUUGGUAAUUUGGAAAUGUGGAGAGCUGUAGGUGAUUCGGAUCGCCGAGAUAUUUACGAAGAUGUUAUUUUUAAUUUGGCUAAACGCGAGAAGGAAGAAGCGAAACAGUUGAAAAAAAGAAAUACUAAGAGAUUAGCUCAAGUGUUAGAUACUAUGACUGAUGUUACAUAUAGAACUACUUGGCAAGAAGCACAAGCCUUGCUUCUACAACAUGCAGCGUUUGCUGAAGACGCAGAUUUAUUGGAAAUGGACAAAGAAGAUGCCCUACUUGUCUUUGAAAAUCACAUACGACAAUUAGAAAAAGAUGAAGAGGAGGAGAAGGAACAUGAGAAAAAACGUAGAAAACGACAGGAGAGAAAAAAUAGAGACGCCUUUAUCAGUCUACUCGACGAACUUCACGAACAAGGAAAAUUAACGUCGAUGUCACUUUGGGUAGAACUUUAUCCAAUGCUAUCUGCCGACUUAAGAUUUUCAGCUAUGCUCGGACAAUCCGGAUCAACGCCUUUAGAUCUCUUCAAGUUCUAUGUUGAGGACUUGAAAUCUAGAUUCCACGAUGAGAAGAAAAUUAUAAGAGAAAUUCUAAAAGACAAAAACUUUGAAGUGCAAGUGAACACAACUUUCGAAGAGUUUGCAACCGUCGUUUGCGAAGAUAGGAAGUCUGCGACAUUAGACGCAGGCAAUGUAAAGUUGACCUACAAUUUACUACUCGAAAAAGCUGAAGCACGCGAAAAAGAACGGGUGAAGGAAGAAACUAGGAAAUUUAAAAAAUUAGAGACCGGUUUUAAGAACUUGUUAAAGACCCUCAACGUUGAUUAUCAAAUGACGUGGGAAGAUAUAAGAAUGAAGAUCGAGGAAGAACAAGACUUUAAGGCGAUCACAUUAGAAAGUGAAAGAGUUCGAAUUUUUAAGGAAUAUCAGCACGAACUCGAAGAAAGUUGUAGUCAUCAUCAUAUCAGAAGUAAAAAGAAAAAAACAAAAAAGGUGAAACGAAAAUCACGAUCCCGAUCGCACAGUGAGUCCGAAGGCAGUGAUAAAGGUUUAAAGAAAAAACGUCACAAGUCACGGUCACCUAGCGUUCCUAGCAAAUCUGACAGUUCUGAGUCUGAUACUAGAAAGUCAAAAAGGAAAAAGAAUAAAAAGAAGAGAGGACGUAGCCAUUCUGUAAGCGCAAAUCGAUCACAUUCGAGACUUCCGUCUUCCGAAGAAUCACCGGAACGAAAACGAAAAGAGGAGAAGCAUAGAAGACCUUCGGCUCACAGUGAAGACUCUGUUACCGAAAAUGCUGAACAUCAUGAACUCUCAGAAGACGAGUUGGAAAAACAAAGAGCACAAUUAUUACGAGAAUUACAGAUGCAACAAGAAGAUAAUUGAAGAUAACUGUUUACUAAUGAUACUUCGUGUAACGUUAGACUAGUACGAUAUUAAAUUAAACUGA